UUCAGUUUUCCUUUCUGGUGAAUCUUUUUUUUCUCUAUCACUUUAAGAACAGGAAAUGUGAAGGAUGUUUUUUUAUGUGAUGUUUUAUUGGAAGCAGACAUUGAAAAGCUGAAGAAAUAUUGCCGAAUCUUUCUGUCAGCUGCUGGUCUGUUUUCUGCCGGAGUAGAGCAUUCACAAGAAAACCACGCCGGCGUGGUGUGCAAUAUAAUUUAGUGCGAUACAUGCGAAGCAGGUGCUGAAACAACGGUUUAUCACAUGCAAAGUUUUGGACAAGACGUCUCGGCUAGAUUGCACCCCACCUAAUUAUGAAGUAGAAGACUAGGUGCAAUUUUGAAACGGUUCACCUGCUGCUUUGCUUUAAAAAAAAAAAUGUGUACUUCGUUUUCCUUCUUUUUUUUAUAAACAGUUCAGUUAGGGGCGGGCACGUUAAUUUCAGUUUGGCUGUACGCUGUUCACAUGAAGAAUUUAAAACAAGGUUUCUCUACCUCUCAUCAUGCUGUGACCAGUGAAUGCUCCAUCUAGGCUUUCCAAUUUCAAGGCACUUGCCCCGAGUUGGGUGCAGAUAGAAGAUGUUCACAGAGAAAAAAGCCACCUCUGUGCCCAAAAAAGGGGGCAAGAAGAAGACGAGACCACAAGGCCUGCCUUCCCCAGCUCUAUGCUGUGCCUGCGGACUGUGCAUCAUGCUGGCUGGCAUCAACAUCACGCUGGUGGGUGCCUUUGCCUUCGGGACUUUCAUGCCCACGAACAACCCACCCAUCAUCAUCGGGCCCAUCUUGCUAGUGGUGGCCUUCACCUUCUUCGGAGCCUGCUGCAUCUGCAGCCGCCGGCCCCCUGCUCAGGGCUCCCGCAAGCCCAAAGGGGGCAAAAAUCUGGGGUUGAUCCGUACAGGCAACACGGCCUUCGAGAUCGAGACCAGCGAACACACGCUGCAGGACACCACCGCUGUGCAGCUCAGCACCACCAACUCCCCCUGCUCCUCGCACAAGUCUACCCCCACACACGAGGGUCCACGAGCCUGUAAGCUCUUCACCAUGGACACCAACGGGCCUGCUGCUCAAUAUUCAGCUGGGGAGGACUCUAUCAAGCUCAACCUGCCCAUGGACCUGCCUACCACCUAGAGCAGUUUAGUGCAGGUGCUUCUGUAGGGCCUCACUGAACUGCCCAGGAUGCCAGCCCGUGGGGUUUUUACAGGGCAAGGGGCAGCUAUGUUUGUGUUCAAGACAUGAUGGUAUUGUAGUGGAUUUUGGAAUAGUUCUAUUGGAGAGACAGCCAUUACAAAUUAAUUUGCGCUUUACCACCCCAAGUGCAAAGGGAGUCAAAAGUGUGGCUUGUAGGCCAGAGGAUCGGCAGAUCUAAACACAGUAGUACUUGUUACUGAAGUUACAGACUAGAGGAAGGUGGGCUAGAUGCAGAUUGCAAAACAGAUUCAGUUAAGUUUCGGUAUUAGACUAACCAGUUACAUUAUGUCUCCUGAGCCACAUGUUGGUGUUUGCUGUGAUAGGGGCUUUCUGGACACCUGGCACCCUGAAACGCUACCAGACUUGUUAGAAACUCUGUUAAAAACACAUGAUGCAAGCACAGGUACCAUAUAAGGCACAUGGUAACAGAACAUUGAAAACAAACAUAUUCUUUUUUGUAACAAUAUUACAUUACAAUACACAUCAGCUGCAGAGUCACUUACAACAACAUCUCACAUGAAAGGCAGAGCACAAGGAGGUUAAGUGACUUGUUAAGGGUCGCACAACGAGUCAGUGAGUGAGCCGGGAUUUGAACCGGGGACCUCCUGGUUAUAGGACCUUAGCUAUACAUCGGUAUAUCAAAAUAUGGAAAUGUAGCCUCUAUACGAUCAUAAGCAUCUCAUACCGUUGUAUCUACAUUUUUACUGCAUUACUAUUGCGGUGCCACAGCUUUGCCAUUGUAGAGCACUCGUAAGAAUCACCAUACCAAUAUCAACGAAAAACUAUUGAGAAUUUGUUCAUGUUAUACCUGGAACUCACUGUGGAAAACUGUUUCUACUGAGGUAUGCACUUGUGGAUAAACAAUUACAAACUGCUAGCUAUUCAGCCUGAAACAUAACACAUUUUCAGUUCAGUUUGACAAUGGCUUAAAAAGCAAAAAACUAAUACUCCACAUCUACAAAAAAACAAACAAACAGUACUUAUUCUGGAAAUUGUUCUAGCAGAACAAAACAUUUUGACAGUGAAUUCAUUUUCUGAAAGAGCUAUGAAAAGAAGACUAUACCAUGUAUUUCCCCUUUUGAAAAUCAUUUUAUUAUUGGGAGCUGUAAAAGAGCGCAGAGAGAAUGACCAAAUAAUACAACUGGAAGGAACACACUUCAGUAUAUAUUCUUUGAUGUUAGUACCUGUUAAAGUUGAGGGACAAUGGCACUGAUAUCAAACAGAGACCUGAAACCCACCUGCGCUACCAUACUGAACCACUGAAUGAAAAACACAAUACAAAUCUGUUCACAAGUUCUUGUCUUUCAUCACCUUCAUAAACGUUUGCUGACAUUCAUCAUGCAGUUCCCAUGUUUGCACCAUUGUUCCUACCAUCGCUCGCCAUGAGUUCCACCGUUCUUUACCACACUUCAUGCUUUGUUAAGCUUUUACCACACAAUACAGCAGUAAACUUUUUAAAGGACAUUGUCAUGGCAACAAGAAGACAGAGCCUUUCUAACUUGUGACUGCGUUGUACCUGAAAAUGUGACAUUGUUUAUAUAUGGAGUGAUCCAGAGCUUUCGCUAAGCUUUUGCUGUUGUAAAGAGUUUGAGGCAUUUUAAGGGGGAAAAAAAUCAAUAAUAAAGUUAAUGUCCUAGACUAGUAUUUUGUUUCCCUUUUUUUAUAAAACUGGUGCCAACUUUGGGUAAGUAAGUGUGGCACAUGGACAUGGUAUAUGCAGAGGACUGGAUUUGGAAGGUUUUUUUGGAAAGACCUAUAUGAUUCACUUACUGCUUAUAAAGUCCGUUAUUACCACCUCUUACUAUAUUUCUCGUAUGAAAGGGCAGUGUGUAUAAUCCUUUUUUUUAGGUUCCUUCUGAUUAGACAAAUGCUUUCCUAAUUAAGGGAUCAGGGCCAAUCACAAGAGGGUUAUCUAAAUGUGAUUGCUAGCCAGAGGAACUCUUCACUCUAACAUUGGAAGGAACCUAUAAACUGUUGAAUUAUAAUUAUUUAUUUAUUUAUUAUUUAGUUCUCGUCACCCCUUUUUUCUCCCAAUCUGAAAUGCCCAAUUGUAUUUAGGCUCAGCCAACCACUACCCCCCCUACGCUGACUCGGGAGCAGUGAAGGCGACCCUACAAAGUGUGUGACGUCAGUCGACUGCUUCUUUUCACUGUGCAGGCCCGCCAUGCAGCCAGCCCAGCCCAGCCCAGCCCAGCCCAGCCCAGCCCAGC